AUGGAGACAGACGCGCCUCAGCCCGGCCUCGCCUCCCCGGACUCGCCGCACGACCCCUGCAAGAUGUUCAUCGGGGGACUUAGCUGGCAGACCACGCAGGAGGGCCUACGGGAAUACUUCGGCCAGUUCGGAGAAGUGAAGGAGUGUCUGGUGAUGCGGGACCCACUGACCAAGAGAUCCAGGGGCUUUGGCUUCGUCACUUUCGUGGACCAGGCAGGGGUGGAUAAGGUAUUGGCUCAAUCCAGGCACGAGCUGGACUCCAAAACGAUCGAUCCCAAGGUUGCAUUCCCUCGUCGAGCACAGCCCAAGAUGGUGACUCGGACCAAGAAGAUCUUUGUAGGGGGGCUGUCGGUGAACACCACAGUGGAAGAUGUGAAGCAAUAUUUUGAGCAGUUUGGGAAGGUGGAUGAUGCCAUGCUAAUGUUUGACAAAACCACCAAUCGACACCGAGGGUUUGGGUUUGUCACAUUUGAGAGUGAGGACAUUGUGGAGAAAGUCUGUGAGAUUCACUUCCAUGAGAUCAACAACAAGAUGGUAGAAUGUAAGAAAGCCCAGCCAAAGGAGGUGAUGUCGCCCACAGGCUCUGCCAGGGGGAGGUCCCGAGUCAUGCCCUAUGGGAUGGACGCUUUCAUGCUGGGCAUUGGCAUGUUGGGUUAUCCAGGUUUCCAAGCUGCAACCUACGCCAGCCGGAGUUACACAGGCAUUGCACCUGGCUAUACCUACCAGUUCCCUGAAUUCCGUGUAGAGCGGACCCCUCUCCCGAGCGCCCCCGUCCUCCCUGAGCUCACAGCUAUCCCACUCACCGCUUACGGACCGAUGGCCGCAGCAGCUGCAGCAGCCGCUGUUGUCCGAGGGACAGGAUCUCACCCCUGGGCGCUGGCUCCCCCUCCAGGUUCGACACCAAGCCGUACGGGGGGCUUCCUGGGCACCACGAGCCCUGGCCCGAUGGCCGAGCUCUAUGGGGCGGCCAACCAGGAUUCUGGGGUCAGCAGUUACAUCAGUGCCGCCAGCCCUGCCCCCAGCACUGGCUUUGGCCACAGCCUUGGGGGUCCCUUGAUUGCAACAGCGUUCACCAAUGGGUACCACUGAGUCAGGGGAUCAAGGAGGCAGGAGAGCCCUCAUCGGCAGCUGCCUGAGGACAGUGAGCUCGGACCUGCCCAGCCAAAGGGGAAAGGGGAAGGAGGCUCGGCCCAC